AUGUUUAUGUAUUUAAUGAUCAAAUUGUUAUUUUCUUCACAGUUCAAGCAGCAGAAACUGUACUUGGAACUUAAAAAGUAUUCACCAGGAUCCCUAGAAAUACUCAGAGUACCGACUGAAAUGUACUAUAUUCCACUAAAAGUGGCAAUAUUCUACUUGUUAAAUCCCUAUACUAUUUUAUCCUGCGUGGCCAAAUCUACCUGUGCCAUCAAUAAUGCAAUCAUUGCCUUGUUUAUCUUGGCUACAGUGAAAGGUAGUCCGCUUCUCAGCGCUGUGUUCCUCUCAUUGGCUACAUACCAGUCCCUGUACCCAAUCACACUGUUUACUCCAGCACUCCUCUAUCUACUGCAGAGAGAAUUCAUUCCAGUGAAGAUGUCCAGUAGGGAUUUCUGGCUUUACACUUGUCAGUAUUCAUCGCUGUACCUGGGUUGCCUUGCGGUUUUAAUUUGCCAUUCCUUCUUCUUGCUAAACUCUUGGGACUUCAUCCACUCCAUUUAUGGCUUCAUACUCUCUGUCCCAGAUUUGACUCCAAAUAUUGGCUUGUUCUGGUACUUCUUCGCGGAGAUGUUUGAACACUUCAGCUUGUUCUUCGUGUGUGUCUUCCAGAUCAAUGUGUUCUUUUACACCGUGCCUCUGACCAUCAAGUUAAAAGAGCAUCCCAUGUUCCUGAUAUUUGUACAGCUGGCCAUUAUCUGCAUUUUCAAGUCAUACCCCACCGUGGGAGAUGUGGCACUCUACAUGGCUCUGCUUCCUAUGUGGGCCCACCUGUCCAGAUUCCUGCGGAACAUCUUCAUAGUCUCGUGCAUGCUGGUGGUAUGUUCGCUACUCUUUCCAGUUCUUUGGCACUUGUGGAUAUACGCAGGCAGUGCCAACUCAAACUUCUUCUAUGCCAUCACAUUGUCAUUUAACGUGGGCCAGAUUCUCCUGGUGUCAGAUUACUUUUACGCCUUCCUUCGGAGAGAAUACCACCUCCAUCACGGACUCUACCUAACCAAGAAGGAUGGAACUGAAGCCACUCUCAUUUUAAAAUAA